AUGUUCACGAGAAAAAAUGUUUACAUUCAUCCCAAUCGAAACCAACCACGACAACCGUAUCUUCGGAUCCCAUUCAACAACGGUGAAAACUAUCAUCGUUAUCCAACAACUAGCAUAUAUUGUCACCCGCAUGCUUACUUUAAUCAUGCUCCAACACGUCGACAUGAAUCUUAUUAUGAUGCAAAUAAUCUAGAAAAUAUAGUUUCGGAAUUAAAGCAUCUAGAACGAAAAAGAGCUGAAGAAAAGGCGCUCUAUGAGAAAGCCAAUGUAUUUAUGCUGAACGUGAAAAAGAGAUACGCCAACGAGCAUAUCGAUAGUGGGUUUCUUAAUCAACAAGAAGCCUUAAAGCAUAUUUUUGAGUUGAGAGCAGCUGCUGCAACACUAAAUAAGAAUCAAAAUAUUUAA